AUGAGUAACUGUUGUUCCAAGAGAAGUUCUGGCCCUCCUUUUGCUAAAAAAGUUAUUGCAUUUCUAUUUAUUGUUAUGAAUAAUUCAAUCGAUUCAGAUAAUAGUCAGGUUAAUCCUGGUAAUCUGAGUUCUAAUAUAGCCAGUGGUUCAACUGCCAGUGCUACGUUCACUGUAUCCCAUACUCCAGAAGAAGAUUUCGAUAAACCAUCUCAAACAGUGUAUGAAUCUAUCCCCUCCUCUAAAAUACCCGAUAGUAAACAGCAGGGGACUCCAGAAACUAUUCAUGAAGGUACUAAAGAUGAAGAUAUUCAUGAAGGUGCUAAGGAUGGAGAUAUCGGUACUAAAGAUGAGGAUAAACUGAAUGAUAAGGAAGUGAUUGAAGAGAAAACCGACGAAGAGCAUGACAAAAGUAAUGAUAGUAGCGUAGUUGAAGAAGACGAUUCAAAAUUAGAAAAUUCAUCGGAUUUAACCUUUAAAAAAAAAGAUGUUCGAAAACCCAGAGCUCAUUCAAUCCAAUCAGUUUUAUCCACUGCUUCAUUGAAAUCAUUAAAACAACAAUCCAUUAAGAAUCCUCCAAAUUUUCAAAGAAAUAGUAGUAAUAUUAGUAAUGAUAAUCAAAAUAUUUCGAAAAAUAACCAAAAUUCAAUUAAUGGAUUUGGUUCAUCUAAAAAUUUCCAAUCCUUCAUUCAAGCCCCGGUUUUAUCAAGUAUUUCUAAUUUGAAGAAUAAUGAUAAUAUAGUCAUUGGCCAACAAUUACCCUUCAACGACCAAUCUGAUAAGUCAAGUUCGGACUCAAAAUUAAAUAAUGAAAAAAUUAAUUUGACCAUUAAUGAACAUCAAGAUAAAGCUAAUCAAGAUGAUCAAGAUGAUCAAGAGGUUUUACUACAACAACAAAGACUAACCAUCAAUGCAUUGAAAAAACUAAGUUUGUCACCAAUCCCGUUCAAAAAUACCGAUGAUAAAAUCGAAGACUCAUCAAUCAAAAUAAAUAAACAACAAAAUAACCCAGCUAAAAAAUCUCAACCUUAUCAACCAGCGGAAGUCGACUUAUCAUCUUUUGCAAGUUUAACCCGUCAAUCCAAUAACAACAUCAUUAAUAAAAAUAAUAAUACUGAAGAUGCUAACAAUAAAAAUCAAUUAAGUAAAUCGAUUUCUUCUUCCACCUCAACCUCAAUUAACCUUGCUUUAAAUGGCUUAAACAACUCUGGGAAAUCUCCAGGUUCUUACAAAUCAAAAAAUUCUGAAAACCCUUCAACUAAUAAAAACCCUUCAAAUUUACCAAGAUUACCAGAAAUUGAUCAAAAUCAAAAUAAUAUUUCUCCCAAAAAUGAUAAUACUAAACCAAUUAUUAAUUAUCACAACGAGGUUCGUCAAAAUCAUUUGUCAAAUUUUAAACCUUCAACCUCAAAUAAAAUGGUUCCUGCUGCUGUAACUCCUCCUUCAAAUAUGAAUGUAAGAAGAAAUGUUACUGGCAUGUCAAGUAUUCAACCCUCUCCAUUACCUCAAUUACCAAUUCAACAAAAUCAACAAAAUCACUUUCCUCAAUUACAUCCUCAUCAAGAAAAUAAUCAUCCCUCUCAAUUCACUCACUUCCCUCCUCCUGCUCCUUCCACUAACCACCCUCCUGCUCCUCUUCCAGCACAACCAAACCUUACUUCUCAUCCAAACCAUCUACAUCAAUUUAAUCCUAAAGAUAAACAAGUUAAACAAUUGAAAGGUUUUAGAAGCCCAAUGUACGUUCCAGCUGUAUUAAGAAUGACCCUUAAUGAUGAUUUACCAUCUCCUUUACCAAUUAAUGGUUCGAAUCAACCUAAUGGUAAUCCUCAACAUUUAAUUAAUGGUGGGGUAGAAAUGGAUAGACACCACGGAAUAUCGAACCAAUCUUCUUCAAAAGAUACAUCCUCUUCAAGAAACUCCAUCAGAUCAUUUGAUUCAAAUAUGUCAAAUGACUCGUCCCCUUCGUCCCCUUUAAUCUCAUCUCCAAUUUCAUCUACUGGGCCCUACACUUUAAAUAAGAAAAAAUAUGAACAUAUUUUGAAAGCUGCACCAACAAGAAAACACUGGUUAAAAGAUGAAAGUGUUAUCAAAUGCCAAAUCCAAGGGUGCCCGAAAUUCUUUAAUUUCUUCGAAAGAAGACAUCAUUGUCGUAAAUGUGGUGGGAUUUAUUGUAAAGAACACACCUCUCAUUAUUUAUAUAUAAAUCAUUUGGCUCAAUUUACCACUGGUGGUAGAGGAACUUUAUCGAAAGUAUGUGAUAAUUGUAUUGAAGCUUAUAAUGAUUUCAUGAGAAUUGAAUUUGGUGUUGAUAUUAAUUCAACUCCAAGUCUAAAUCACUCAAUCUCCAUGCAUAAUGAUGACUCGCAAACCGAUCCUGAUAACGAUCUUGCUGAUAAGUUAUCCGAUUUGCCUCGUGGUAACCCUCCCUCCUUACAUUCUAAUGGUAACAUUUCCCCUAGAAAAACCAAACAGCCCAGUGACUACAACCCUGACUCGGUUGAUAACUCUAAAAACCCAAACCCAAGAUCUGAUCAACUUGUCGGAAGUGUGCCUGCAAAUUGGAGUUGGAGUUCUUUUUAA